CACAGGACUAUACUUUAUUCUUGAUUUAACAGUCAACAGUGAAUAUAGUAAGCUACUCAUGCUAAAAAAUAAAAAACAAUUGCUAUUUAUCAAUCAAUAAAAUAAUAUAAACAAUUGUUUAACAUUUAUAAAUAUGGCAGCUUCAAAAGACCUUAAUCUUGCUAGGAAAAAUCUUGCCAAUUCUCUCGGUGACAACGCUAAAGUAUAUUUCGAAAAAAUGAAAUUAUGGUUCCAAAUGAAGAGUACUAAAGAAGAAUUUGAUAGCGAAGCUAGGAAUAUUAUGACAGACGAGCAAAUUCAUUUACACAAUGAGUUUCUUUUGUGUUUAUUUAAUAAAGUACGAGGUCUUGCAACUGCGACACCUUCCAGACCUGUGAAAUCUAACAGCACACCUAUUCACACAGAUAAAGAAAAAACUUUAAAGGAAAAGCGAUUAAAAUUAAAGAGAAAAUAUAAAACUGACCGAUCUAAUUUUGAACCGGCAGAUAUGUAUGUAGAAGUGCUAAGUCAGACGUCAUCUCCAGUAGGAGACGAACCUAUUGGUGCUAACAGAUCUAGUGCACAAGAAUUAUUGCUACCUGAUAGGACUUUUGUACUAGCAAGAUUGAUGUUGGCUGCUUGGGAAAAUAAUAUGGAUAGUGCCGAUGAAAAUACAGCACAUCUAAUAAUUGCUGCAACACAAAUAUUUCUCAAAAAUAUAAUUACAGCUGUAUUUGCAAGGAGAAAGGGAUUCACAGUUUAUCAAAAGAACUUUAUUUAUAACAUAGGAGAACCAGUAUCCUGUUCUUGGAAGAGAAAUACGAUGUUUAUCCCUCGUGGAAUUCAUUCAAGUAAACCAACUAACAUAGUUGACCCGGAUGGACAAGUACCCUCAGUAAAACAAACAGUUGAAGAAAUGGAACAAGCAACAGCUUUCGCUAUGGCUUGUUCAACAUCGAUAUUAUCAUCACCGUUACCACCAGUUAGCAUUAAUGAUUUAUUGCAAACAUUGAAGGUUCAGUAUAAAAUUUUUAUAAUCUUUCUUUUUACUAUUUUUACCAAAACUGUAUUGAUCAAACUAUUUUUUCAGAUUUACAAAAAUCUAGUUAAUAACCAUACAACAUAUGCAACUAACAUGGAACGUUUAUUUACUUAUCCUACCCAUUCAACUUGGGAAGAUUUAGAAAGUAAAAAGUUAUUGUGUUAAAAUCUAUUUGUAACGAUUGUUUUAAAUUAACUAGGUAUAAAAACUACUGUACAUAUUGAGUUGUAAUCCAUGAAAUUUUUUUAAAUAAUUUUAUACUAACAUAAUAUAUUGAAGAAUUACUUUAUGCUCAGGUAAACAAAAUCUCAUUUAAUUCUCUUACCACU